UGGCAACUAAUCCAGUCAGAUGGAAAGAAAAUUGUAAAUGUUCUCUCCAGAAACUGUCCGCCCAUUGCAGCUGAUCGAACACAAACGCACAAAUAGAGACACCACUCUUGCUCUGCUGCUACACACAGCGGGUGAGGGCGCAGAGACCCGUUCUGGGGAGCAGGCACGCGGGGGCACAGACACACACAUUCGCACACGCACACGCACACGCCAGCCUGCGGGCUUGGCCAGAGCCCUGAAGUCGCAGUUCCCACUAGGAAAUCGCCAGAGGCGCUGGGAGAAGAGGAAGAGCGCGGCUCACAGACUCUAAUUACUACUUUCCCGGCACUCGGGUGAAGAAAUGAAGUCCGCCCAGCCCUUCGCCAUAUCCAAGUCUCCUUUCUAUUUCGGUGUCCACGGUCAUCUCCCUGAAAGCCAGAUCCAGGGAGAAGGAGAGCAGGCGGCUAGCUGCGGACUCUAAGCUGUGCAGCACGCGUCAGAGCGGGUCCAACUCCAGCCCGCCAAAGGCUCCUCGCUCCGGCCAGACUCCACCAGAUCGCAGCCCUGGGCGACUAAAUCAACUACAGGUUUAAAUGUUUAUUUGGACAUUUGGCUACUGAACACAAAAUGAAUAACUCAACAAACUCAUCUAACAAUGGCUUGGCUAUUACCAGUCCUUACAAGACAUUUGAGGUGGUAUUUAUUGUCCUUGUGGCUGGAUCCCUCAGUCUGGUGACCAUCAUUGGGAACAUCCUGGUCAUGGUUUCCAUUAAAGUCAACCGUCACCUUCAGACAGUCAACAAUUACUUCUUGUUCAGCCUUGCCUGUGCUGACCUCAUCAUAGGUGUUUUCUCCAUGAACUUGUAUACCCUCUACACUGUGAUUGGUUAUUGGCCUUUGGGACCUGUAGUAUGUGACCUUUGGCUAGCCUUGGACUAUGUGGUCAGCAAUGCUUCUGUUAUGAAUUUGCUCAUCAUCAGCUUUGAUAGAUACUUCUGUGUCACAAAACCUCUGACAUACCCAGUUAAGCGGACCACAAAAAUGGCAGGCAUGAUGAUUGCAGCUGCCUGGGUCCUUUCCUUCAUCCUCUGGGCUCCAGCCAUUCUCUUCUGGCAGUUCAUCGUAGGGGUGAGAACUGUGAAGGAUGGGGAGUGCUACAUUCAGUUCUUUUCCAAUGCCGCUGUCACCUUUGGCACUGCCAUUGCAGCCUUCUAUCUGCCUGUCAUCAUCAUGACUGUGCUGUAUUGGCAUAUAUCCCGGGCAAGUAAGAGUAGAGUAAAGAAGGAAAAGAAGGAACCUGUGGCCAACCAAGAUCCAGUAUCUCCAAGUCUGGUGCAAGGAAGAAUCGUAAAGCCGAACAACAACAACACACCAGGUGGUGACAGUGGCCUAGAGCACAACAAAAUCCAGAAUGGCAAGGCUCCCCGGGAUGGUGUGACUGAAAAUUGUGUUCAGGGGGAGGAGAAGGAGAGCUCGAAUGACUCCACCUCAGUCAGUGCUGCCGCCUCCAAUAUGAGAGAUGAUGAAAUCACCCAGGAUGAAAACACAGUUUCCACUUCCCUGGGCCAUUCCAAAGAUGACAACUCUAAGCAAACAUGCAUCAAAAUUGUCACCAAGACCCAAAAAGGUGACUCAUGCACCCCAACGAGUACCACUGUAGAACUAGUUGGGUCUUCAGGUCAAAAUGGGGAUGAAAAGCAGAACAUUGUAGCACGCAAGAUUGUGAAGAUGACCAAGCAGCCUGCCAAAAAGAAGCCUCCUCCAUCCCGGGAAAAGAAGGUGACCAGGACAAUCUUGGCUAUUCUGUUGGCUUUCAUCAUCACCUGGGCACCAUACAAUGUCAUGGUGCUCAUCAAUACCUUCUGUGCACCCUGCAUUCCCAAUACGGUGUGGACAAUCGGCUACUGGCUCUGUUACAUCAAUAGCACCAUCAAUCCUGCCUGCUAUGCACUUUGUAAUGCCACCUUCAAAAAGACUUUUAAACACCUCCUCAUGUGUCACUACAAGAACAUAGGCGCUACAAGGUAAAAGACCUUUACAAAAGAAGAAAGGUGGCCGAGUGGGGCUUGGGAAAAAGAACAGAGGCAAGAAACCUGUCUGUUUAUAGUGAUCUGCCAUUGCACUUUAUAGUCUUACUACAAAUGUGCAGUUAAGGCACUCUAAAGAGACACUCUCACCGUGUCCAUACUUCAGUUUGAAAAAUAAGUAAGUGAACUUGUACCUUAUAAACACUGUCAGUUUAGGAGACAAUGAAAGAGACACGAAGAAAUGGUGGAUCUAAGAAACAAUCUGUGCUGUCUGCUACUCUCUUGAAGAAGGGCUUCUGAAUCUGCAAUUUCAUGUCUCUGCACAAGAGUAACCUUGUUUGUUGUUUCUUUCUGUUGUCCCCAUGUGUCUAGAUGAGGAAGAAAUAUCACACUACAUGCUAACACAGAGACCUAAAUAUUAAAGAAGCAGACACGCAAUGAGUGAUAGGAAGAAAGAAAAUCAAAUAGGAUGCAGAGAUGAUCGGCAGAGCAUUGAGCAUAUUCUAGACUGUGUUGUGCUCUUGGAAGGAUUUCAAUAUAAUCACUGCUUAUUUCUUCUCUUCUCCUUUCCCAACAUGAAAAAGCAAGAAAGCAAAACAAUAAAAACCCAACUAGGUCAUACUAUUUUUUCUACUAUUUUUGUAGUUUCUGGUUUUAUAUUGUGUAUGGAUAAUAGCUGCAGGACUUCUCCUAAAUCUGGCCAGAGUCAACCAUAAAAAUGGGCACUCUGCCUCUUCCUACUGUGUCCUUGCAUUGUUUGAGAGUGUACGAACCUGUAAGGGUUUCCUUCAUUUGAGCUCCUUUGUGUGGAAUAUUUUCACCCAUCUGAUUUUCUUCUAAACUAACCGAUUUUAACAGAUUAGUCUGCCUAAGACAUAAAUAUGCUUGGGAAACCAAAGUCAUAUAAAAUUACAUUUUAAUCACUUUAGAAAAUGGUCAGUCUCAUUGGGGAAAGCUCGCCGAGGCCAGAUGAAGUUUAAGAUGAGAAGACAGAAGGUUGGAAGGGCAGUCUAUUUGAACCCAAACCUGCCUGCCCCAUGUGCCUGACCAUGUUAAAGUGUACAAUAUGAACUCCUGACUUUGUCAGCAGGAAUAUGAUGCUGCUUUGCUCAUUUGGAAUCUUAAACAAGAUUAGUUUAUUGUGUCAACCCCAAGAGGAAAAGACCUUAUAUUCCAUGUCUGUUAGCAGAUGAUAUUCAAAUCAUACUCAAAUGAGGUUUAUAUAAGACACAGGGUUGGGGAAAAGGUCCAUGCAAAAAUAUUUACUGAUAUUACAUGUUCUUCAAAUGGUCUUCAAAUCUCAGCAAGAUUAUAUUGCUUCAAAAUUCUCUAAUCAGGAGAGUUAUAUUAAUCUUUGUGGCAUAAAUAUAGUGGAUAACCUAUCAGAGGCAAAAUAUGCCCACAGAAUCUGAUGGGAGAGUUUAUGUGGUUCUUGCCAUGGCAUUUUUUUCACUCUAUAAUCUGACCACAAAUAGCUGUCACAGAAAUGACAACAUAAGGAUAACAUUAAACAGAUAAUGUCUGUGUAGGAAAUCCACCCUUGAUAUGCUAAAUAAAUACAGAAUUAUAUCAAUUCAUAUUUAAUUAGUUAUCUUUGUCUUCAUAUGUUUUCUCCCAUUAUAUGUUAUAGUCUUCCAAUCAGAUUUUCUACGUGUGAGCCUAAUGGAUAGAAAUUAAAGUUAUAAAUUCUUUUUCAAAGUUCAGGCUUUCACUGAUGGGCUUUGAUUCCUUCUCUGCUCACCCCAUGAGUGUUACUUGGCAAAUUGAUCAAUAAUAAGUCCUGACUUAUUAUUGUUAUUCUGUCUGACUGCACAUCAGCAGCAUCUCAGCAAGUGGGAGACAAGGGAUAUUACAACAGCAACAAAAAUAUUGUAAGUUAAUAAGAAGCAAAUUGCUAACAAUGUAUGUAUUUAUCUUUUAUGAACAUAAUUUCUUCUUUGAGUAAUUUCAGUUGUUUUUACCUCAGAAAUUUCCUAUGUGUAAAAUGUAGCAUUGGUUCAGAUUAAUUUAGUCUAUAAUUAGUUGAUGUAGUUCCUUUAGUUCAGAAUUACUAAAAUGUAAAUUUUGAAUUUUAAGACCCCAUUUACUUUUAUGUUGUUUCUUCAAAUGGUUGAGUGGAGAGGACUUCAUUCCAAUGGGCUUCUUGGUUUCCUGUAAGAAAAAUGACCCACUGGCUGAUUUUCAUUUUUAAGUGUUAUAUACUGUUGUGAUGCAAACAUGACUUCCAUUGGAACCACCACUUUGGUGGCCAGAAUUCAGUGUUUGUCUCUGUUUGCUUUAAGCCCAGCCCACCAUGAGCCAAUCUUUGUCUUGCUCUGUGUCUCUAUUGUAUUCUUCCCUUGACUCAUUCUAUGCCUGAUAAUUUGCCAUAGCUUCCAUAACUAGUAAAAAGAGAAGCUGUCAAAUUCAAGAACAAAGACAGACCAAGGUACUGUGGAAACCAUCUCUAUCAGAAGAUAAGAGAAGGACCUUGACAUAAUUGGAGUGAGACUGUCUUCAAACAUCUGUCUCCAUUGUUCCUGGCUUUGUUUGUUUUUAUGACUCUCAAGCAGAGGCAAUUUUUACCCUAUGGACACUUAGUGAUAUGUAGAGCCAUUUCGAUUGUCACAACUGGGAAUAGGCAUUUGUACAAAAUGAGAAGAAGGGGCUUUGAAUGCUGCUGCACAAGUUACAAUGCACAAGAUAGGGUUCAUCACACCCCCCUCAAAAGAAAAUCAUUUGGCUUAGAAUGGCAAUGGUACCUGGACUGAGAAAGACUGGUUUCAAUUAAGGGGUUUCUGGAACUUGCUUUCUUAAUCCUCCACUUAAAAAAAAAAAA